AUUGGCAAAACCAUCAGUCACUGAACAACCAACAAGCACAAACAACCAAAUCAACAUGAAGUUCCUCAUCUGCUUGACCCUGUGCAUUGCCGCCGCCCAGGCAGGAUUCAUUGCAUCUCCAGUGGCCACCUAUGCCGCCACCUACUCCGCAGCUGCUUCCUUGGCCUACUCCGCUCCGGUGGCCACCUACUCCGCUCCAGCCUACUCCACAUAUGCCGCUGCCACCGUUCCCGCAUACACAGCCUACUCCGCGUUAAGUGCUCCUGCUUACACUGCUCCUGUGACCACAUAUGCCGCCGGAACUGCCUAUGCUGCUCCCAUCACCACCUUCGCAGCUCCCGCUGUCGUCAGCUCCUUCUUAAAGAAGAAGUAAACAGGACUCCUCUGGAAUACGUAAUGACCGUUUAAAGCAAUGUGAAACAUGCUAUUUAUUACCUAAAUAUAAAAUAUGAGAGCAAA